CAUUCUCAUCCCGGCCCCGUGCCCCAGUGCGUCACUAUUUUCUCGAUCUUGGGCUCUACAGUUUUCUCCAAUGACACCCUUCUUUGGUUCUUCUCUUUGCAUCAUAAAGUCAUCCUUUAUCACAAGCAUCGUCAACAUCACCACACUCUAGGUACCCUGCGCGCAACACUCGUAGCUCGCAGUCAAGCUCCGCCGAGGCCCAAUUGCGCAGAUCCAAAGUCAAUCGACAGUUACCUCGGUUCGACACGCAUUCCUAGCUCCUGCCUCCAACCUUCCAACCUUGCCAGGAUAUCUACGGGUACCGUAGAUUUGGGGCUGGUGUCACCGACUCGCGCCCAUCCCUCUGUAGCGCUGCGCCAGAAAGAGAAAUCCCAGACCGUUUCUGCGUUCUCCGUUUCUCUCGAUUCCCCCACAAGCUACCCUCGGCGAAGUGGGCGCAUCCUAGGUAUCUGCAAGGGCAGCUUGCGGAUCCAGCCGCAAAUCUGCAGCUCGCCUUUUCUGCCCUAUCAGUGUAUUCAUCGUUCUGAGCCGACCUUCUUAAUUAUUACCGACCGUUGAGAUCAAUUCAAAAGGACAGGGACGACGUGAGGGUUGCGUAGGGUGCCCUGUCUUAGACCCGGAAUACGCGGACUCGACGAAUCCGAUCCCGCGUAUUCAUCCCCCCGUACUCCGUAUCCAUUUCCCAACCACCAAAGAAAACACCGCGCACCCCGCGACUAGCCCACGACGUUCAAGCGAACGCCAUUCUUUUUCUGAGACUAUACGCGCUCCGCGUCUUGGAGGUCCGCUUCUCUUCGUUUCCAUAAAUCCCUAUCGUAUCGCAAACGACGGGAACGAAGAGGGCGACCUAACCAGGCCGUCUCCUCCGCGGGCACCGCAACAUCGGCUAUCCGCCAACUCCGGUGUCUCCGUUGGACUAUCGAAGCAUCCCACCCAACGCCGUCUCGGGUCCAAACCCCGUGUGUGAAGCUCGGGUCUCUCGGAUCGCUCGUAUUCUACAUCUUGAGGUUGUCAAACCACCCAUCAUCAGCCAGCGCAUCUGGAACACCUGGCUCAGCGACCUUCUCAGACUACCUACCCGCGCUUACCUACUGCCCGCACAAACAGUCUGGAAGCACCAACAGGUUGCCCCAGCGCCUGGAACCCUACCCACGUUUUCUUCCUUGUCGACCCUUGCAUAAUGGGAAAUGUCGACCCCUACAUCCGCCAUAAAGUCCAUGGACGCAGGCCGUCGCGAUGAUGGCCAGCAACCACAACCAACGCUGCCUCUCGUCCCAGAGCCUCGACUCUCGACCCCCGCCAGCCGCGAAAGCUCCUCGACCGUCCAGAAGUCGCCGGGCGGCUCAGAUUCUCACGGCAGCAGCUUCCCUACAUUUGCCAAGAAGACGCCCACGAAGCUCGCCCGAACUACCACACCGAACGCAAAGGAUGUCAAGCCCGUCAAAGCCUCGCCCGCCGCUGUCCAAUCUCCCGCCGCAAUUGACCCGCUAUCCCAGCACAUUCUGAUGCGAACAAACACCGACCACACAGUCCCCCCUCAGCUCCGGAGACGCCCCGAUAGUCCGGCCCUCGACCUUGAGCAGCCACCAAAACUCCCACUACAUGCUUUCGAUGCCAACAAAGACAAAAGGAAAGGACCGUCAUUCUUGAGCCGGCUGAGCAUGCGAGGCGGACGUCGACGCGACGAUGACGAGGACUCUGUCUUCAGUGACCACCGUAUCGAUGGGACGAACGCCCCAGCCUUUUCCUCCGUCAUUGGUUCGGGGUACAUACCUCACCACAAAGAGCCACCGCGAUACAUCCGCGUCAAGGCACGCAACAAGAAAACUCGAGAGUUCAACCGAAUGUUCCUCGCCCAAGAGCUUUUGAUCCCACGAAACGAAACACACGAGGAUAAGAGCACGACCGUGUCAGUGUCGAGCGACACCAGGCGACCGAACAAUAGCGGAGCUGUCUGGGCCACUGAAUUCAGCACCGAUGGCAAGUACUUUGCUGCCGCAGGAAAAGAUCAAGUAGUGAGGGUUUGGGCUGUGAUUUCCACGCAUGAGGAGCGACGGCGGCAUGAAGAAGAAGAGAACGCCAACCAUGGUGAAAGACUGAGCGCGCCCGUUUUUCGAAGCAAGCCAGUACAUGAAUUCCAAGGACAUACCGGCGAGGUUCUUGACCUCAGCUGGAGCAAGAACAACUUCUUAUUGUCUUCGUCAAUGGACAAGACGGUGCGUCUCUGGCAUAUCAGCAGGAAGGAGUGUCUUUGCACGUUCAAACACAAGGAUUUUGUCACCUCGAUUGCCUUUCACCCCACCGACGACCGGUUCUUCCUCGCGGGAUCUCUAGACUCGACAUUACGUCUGUGGAGCAUCCCAGACAAGUCAGUGGCCUAUUCCGUUCAGUUGUCCGACCUCAUCACGGCAGUUGCCUUUUCGCCCGAUGGGAAGACGGCUAUCGCUGGAGGCCUCUCGGGAAUGUGUAUGUUCCAUGACACCGAGGGCCUCAAACAAACCACUCAGCUGCAUGUCCGUUCAUCCAGGGGCAAGAAUGCCAAGGGAAGCAAAAUCACCGGCAUCAAGACGAUGAUGUAUGAUGGCGAGGCCAAGGUCUUGAUCACGUCGAACGAUUCGAGGGUUCGCAUUUAUGAUCUGCGCGACAAGACCCUGGACUCCAAGUUCAAGGGUUACGAAAAUACCUGCAGCCAGAUUCACGCCGAUUUCAGCGACACCGGACAGUGGAUCGUUUCUGGAAGCGAGGACAAGAGAGUGUAUAUCUGGUCGGUAAAUUCUGCCGAGUCGGAUAAGGACAAGCCAUGCGAGUAUUUCGAAGCGCAUUCUGACCGAGUAUCGACGGCAGUGUUUGCACCAAAAAAGUCACGACAGCUUCUUGGCGGUUCGGGGGAUCCUCUAUACGACCUUUGUAAUCCUCCGCCGGUGACUCUUAUGAGUCUCGAGGAGUCCAUCGCUAGCCAAACGGGCAAUUCGGACGACGAAAGACCGCAAAUCAAGAAGCCUGAGGAAUCACCAGCCUACAUUGAAAAGUCGAAGCACUAUGACGGGCAAAUUCUGGUGACUACGGACCAAUCUGGAGUUAUCAAGGUUUUCCGACAAGAUUGCGCAUACCUUAAGCGCCGACAUGAAAACUGGGAAACCGGCUCGACCUUUUCUCGCCGGCUGGGAGGCAGCGUCGUGGGACGUAGCGGAAGCGUCGCAACGCGUACGAGCGUCGGCAGUCAUCCCCGAUCUCGCCGCGGGUCAAUGUCACGCCUGGCGGCACCUGGCGCUGCUCAGCUAAGCUCCGAUAUCAACACUUGGCGUCAUGGAAUUGAAAAUGGUCGUCCAAACUCGGUGAUCAUCACUCCAUCCCAAAGCGAGCGCUCGACGUCGCCGACUAAGACUUCGCACACGCCCAUCGACACAAGCACUGCGAAUCUUGCGUCUGGGGCUCGAAAAAAACCGUAUGGCGCGUCGUCGCAGCCGACACGUCCGCAACUCCCGGCCAGUCCCACGUCGAGCCGCGCUUCCCGCGACCGGGCUCCGUCCAUCCCCCCUACACCGAGUUUCUCGUUCGUAUCGGCAGACGACGAUGAGAGCGACGAGCUGCGACUUGAUCCCGCAGGGGCCAGCUAUUCUUUUUGGAACUUGAACCGAUGGAAAGGCAUCUCAUCUCUGAGGUCCUCGGUAUCAUUCAGCAACAUCAACACAUCGCAGGCGCAAGUAGGACAGGGGCGAAACAGCAUGAGCACGGCGGAUACCACACAGACAACCAUUAGCAAUAGCACCAAGGCUUCCAGACGCAAGAGUAUCGGCCCCGUCGUGUACGACAAGACGGUUGAGGAAGAGCAAAACGGUACGACGAAGAUUAUAGAGGACACGACCGCCAAGGCAGAAGGAGAUGGCCAGCUUCUGCGACCAGUUGGCAAUAGGUCCGACAGUCGGACCCGUAAUUCUGUUAUCAGCCGUUUGAGCUCCGAGUACAACAGCGAGGACGGCGAGCAACUCUCCUGUCAGAAAUGCGCGAGCAAGGAUUUCAAGGCAAAGAGAGUGGGGGGCAGGCAGCGGCUCAUUUGCGUAAAGUGUGGCAAGCUUGUUGACGACGGCAUGCAAUGAUUGAGAUGAGAGCGAGAGAGAAGGUCAACUCUUUGAUGACAUUCAGGGACUAGCUUUGUUUUUUUCCGUAGCGAUGGAUUUGACGUUUUGGGCACACAUGAUCAGGCGCAUCUAUCACGAGCAAGGAUACCCACGCACGCACACACACAACGGCUGAGGGGGAAAAUCAGGGACGACAGCAUUUUCUUGGAUACACAGACACGAGGGUCUUUCCGAAAGAAAGAACCAAUUAUUAUUCUUUGGGUCAUAUGUCGCGGAAGUUCGGCAGUCAGCAAAGCAAAGUGGCGUUACUUGGAAGGUACAGCGAUAUUUCAAGCGGGCGCAUAAAAAAGCUUCCACGCACGGAAAUGAAAUGAAAUAAAUUGGUAUCAU